AUGCAUACAAAGAACGCUUACUUUCAACAAGUGACGACGCAAGGCAACAUUCUCCAUAUUGACACCAAUCCUCUUGGGAUUUCCUAUCCUGGAGCAAACGCAUUCGACCCUAUCAAUGAAAACCCGUUCCUUCCUCCUCAUCACCUCAACCACGACAAAAAGUAUUCCCCACCUGUAUCCCCAUCGGGUUAUUCCUCUUGUAACUCCUCUUCUGGACAUGGCUCACCUCGCAAAGACAUUCCUCACAACAAAUGCCAUUUGAUACGUCGCAACACGAAAUCCAUUGCUUCUCCCCCUGUCAGUGCACAGUCUUGGGAUCAUAUCAAAUCCCCUGCCGCAUCCUUUUUGGCUAGUUUUGCCUCUCCCCCACCUUCAUCACUGCCAUCUUCAUUGGGUGCAGCAGCAGGAAACGAUGAGGAGCAGGAUGGUGAUGAGUUGGAUGAUUACGUGUUGGAGAACGUUAUUGGCCAUGGUGGAUUUUCACGUGUGCGUAGCGGCUAUUGCAUUUCUGAUGGGCGUAAAGUGGCAGUCAAAGUGACAAGCCAAGAACGUGAGCUUGCUAUUUGGAAGCAAUUAGAUCAUCCUCACGUGCUUUCGAUGGAAAAAUUACUCGAGACUGAAUCAGGCAUGUGCUAUGCUGUAUGCACGUACUGUGGCGGUGGCACCUUAUUGGAUCUUGUAAAACAAAAGCAGCAUCUUGAAGAGGCUGAAGCUCGUUGCAUUGUCCGCCAGCUAACCAGUGCUCUUGAAUACUUGCAUCAUGACGCUCGUGUUGUGCACAAGGAUCUCAAGCUCGAUAACGUGUUACUCUUGGAUGAUAAGAAAACCAUCAAGUUGGGUGAUUUUGGUCUUGCUGUUUACCAACAACCUACUACAACCACUACUCAUGAUGAUGAGGAUGGCAGCAGCAUCAAACAAGAAUACGCAGGUGGCUCUCUUGCUUACACAGCACCAGAACAAAUUCGUACACCAUGGGUGAUCACUUCUCCAAGCACUGACAUGUGGUCACUUGGUAUCAUCUUGUAUGCCUUGGUCGCUGGUAGACUUCCUUUUGAUGAUACAUACGAUGCACGUCUCCAACAAAAGAUCUUGUCAGGUGAUUUUGAAAUGCCUCCCACUAUCUCCCCACCACUCGCCUCUUUGAUUGCUGGUUUAUUGCACGUGGAUCCACGACAACGCCUCACAGCACGUCAAGUGCUGGAUUCCGCUUGGUGCAACAUGACUGCCUAA